CUCUCGGCCGUCGGGUGACGCUAAGCUGACGGCCGUCACGUGACACGGAAGUGACUCUGAACAGGAAGAGGACGAAAAAAAUAACCGUCCGCGACGCGGAGCUGAACCGGACUCUCAGCCACCAUGAACAGCAAAGGUCAGUAUCCAACACAGCCAACCUACCCCGUGCAGCCUCCUGGGAAUCCAGUGUACCCCCAGACCUUGCAUCUUCCUCAGGCUCCACCCUAUACUGAUGCUCCACCUGCCUACUCAGAGCCUCCACCUCCUGGAUGUCCUCCCAAUGCUGCUCAGCUUGCAGUCAUGCAGGGAGCCAACGUCCUCGUAACUCAGCGGAAGGGAAACUUCUUCAUGGGUGGCUCAGAUGGUGGCUACACCAUCUGGUGAGGAACCAAGGCCACCUCUGUGCCGGGAAAGACAUCACAUACCUUCAGCACUUCUCACAAUGUAACUGCUUAGUCAUAUUAACCUGAAGUUGCAGUUUAGACACAUGUUGUUGGGGUGUCUUUCUGGUGCCCAAACUUUCAGGCACUUUUCAAAUUUAAUAAGGAACCAUGUAAUGGUAGCAGUACCUCCCUAAAGCACUUCGAGGUAGGGGAGGUAUCCAUUCAUAAAAUGAAUGUGGGUGAAGCAGCCCUAAGGAUCUUCCUUUAAUUCCUCUGGAGUAAUACUGUACCAUACUGGUCUUUGCUUUUAGUAAUAAAACAUCAAAUUAGGUUUGGAGGGAACUUUGAUCUUCCUAAGAAUUAAAGUUGCCAAAUUAUUCUGAUUGGUCUUUAAUCUCCUUUAAGUCUUUGAUUUAUAUUACUUAUUAUAAAUGAAACGCAUUAGUUGUCUGCCUUUUUCUUUCCAUUCUUUGCCCCAUAUCCCACCUCUAGUCCGUCUUCCAUCCUCCCACCAAUCUCUAUUGAAUCAAUGGUGCAGGACAGAAAGCCAGUCAGACUAAUUUCCUUCUCUCCUUGCACUUCUACCCCCUGGUCAUCUUUUAACUAGUCUUUCACAAGGAUCCUCUGAACCCUUCUGUGCCCCAAGCACAGACCCCAUUACUUCUGCUUUCGUAUCUCCUCAGGCAAAAGUGGAGGGUGCCUUUUGGACCUUCCUCAUAGGUUGUUUCUGCAUACAUGAACCUAACCCAAAUUUGCUGUGGUGCCAGAAAAACUGAGCUUUGUGUGAACAAAGGAUAUCUGUGCAAACUGUACUGAAUAUUGCAGUUUGUUUAAAACGAGGGGCAAAGAGGAGGAGGCAUGUUGAAAGUUUGAUCGACAAUUCUAGAGCCAAAUUGAGGGGAGUUUUCAGAUCAAAAAUUGGUGACCAUUAUUGUCUGAGUGUCUCCUGCAGCCACUCUUGGCUCCCAAGAAUUCCUAAACUUGGGUGAAUAGGGUCAUAUUGUGAAUUCCUCAGACAAUAUGACUUGCGUCCAGUGAAAUCUCAUUAGGGAUAAGAAUAUUUCAGGGAUCCUUAAUAUUUUGCUUUUGUUUUCUGAAAUUGGAUUUUAUUUUAUUUUAUCUUAUAAUUUCAGUUCAUCUAAAUUUUGUGUUCUGUACAUGUGAUGUUUGACUGUACCAUUGACUGUUAUGGAAGUUCAGCGUUGUAUGUCUCUCUCUACACUGUGGUGCACUUAACUUGUGGAUUUUUUAUACUAAAAAUGUAGAAUAAAGACUAUUUUGAAGAUUUGAAUAAAGUGAUGAAGUUGCAUUACACCUCA